UCUCUCACUUUUCCUGGCCGCGAGCCUCGUUGCCGCGUCAUCAAAGCCGGGCUCUCCUGGUAUCUCUAUACGCAUCAUCUUCGCACGUUUCGUCCUUGUGCUAUCGGAACUAUGGCCGAUGAGGCUCAGCUCAACGUCACAGUGCUUGCCGAGCAGCUGGUCGAAGGCUUUGCGGCUUUGAGUGGAGAAUACCAGGCUCUUUUUGAUCAGCAAAAACAGGUGGAAAGCAAGCUCUCGUGGGCCAAGCAACAGUAUCUCGACCUACUCAAGCGGUUCGCGCCGGACACGCUGUCGCAAGAUCAUCUUACUUUUUUGCAAGAGCUCGAGCGAAUUGGGGACGAACAACCACAUGUGCAUGUGAAUUUGGUGGAGCAGUUAGCAAAUAGCGACGAUGUAGAGCGCAAGAGCCGGGCACUGGUCAUCCAGAAGGCUGAGGAGGCUGCUGUUCAACUGCGUGCCCCUGAAAAUACAAGUGUAAAGAUAUGGAGCGGCCCAUCAGCUGAUGUACCGACCCCGCAACUUGAGACACAGAGUAAUAGAGCCACUUCACCUCUUGAAAAAGAUUUCACAGUUGCUGGAACGCCCAGUAAGCUAGCUUGCCCUUUCGCAUCUGGAAGUGGUAGAGGCAGUCCUCUUGCUACGCCGCGAAGCUCGACCUCACGUCUUAGCCUGCGCGGUCGUAGGUCUAAACGACCCUCUUUCGCCGAUCCUAUCCGCGCCGAAAUAUGUAGCAAUAAACCUGCCUCGUUGACUGCCUCGGUCGCUGCAUCUGGGUCUGCUGCCGUCUGUCCCAUCCGCUUCCUUGACCAGCAUAACCCAGAAGAGGUUGCAGAAUACUUUGAAAAACACAAGCACGAGCUGCCCAGGAGCCACGAAGUUUGCAUCACACGUUUCCAGCGUAACCAGGAAAGCAUUGAACAGCUGGAUCGCAAGUAUGGCAACUUGGUCAACAUGAUCCAAGGCCUGGGUCAAAAGCACCAGGCAUGGCUGCCUGAGGAUCCUGACGAUGCUAUAGACGAAGAACCGGAAACUGAACCUAACCACAUUGCCAACGCCAGAGCAGACACCAAAGUCCAAAAUUGGGCUACAGCUGUCUCAGCAAGUCUUCAUGAUGGUACUCCAACUCCCGAGGAACAGCCAGAAGACCAUGUCAUGGACGAAACUAGAACAGCGCACUUUGACCGUCCGCUAAAGGAAGUCCGAGUAGGCGAGUCUCCAAGCCGGCCUUGGGGCAUAUCGAUUCCAGCGAAAUAUACCAAUGCCGAAAGCUCGUCGUCAGUUGGCUCCGUCCCAACUGCAUCACCACAGUUUCCGCUAGAUACCGGUCGACCAGUGGAAGACACGCCACAAAGCACAGGAAAGUGUCCGUUUGAUCAUCGAGCGAUGAUGAACCAAGCUCAUGAACAACAUCAAUCAACACAAGCUGUCCCACCGCCGUCAUCGCCGCCCGAAGUCGCAAAUACCCAGACGCCGCCCGCAGAGCCCCCGCCACAGAGACAGUCCCCAGUGCAGAAUGGAGAGACUGGAGGCCCACGGUUGAUACCCCAAAUGAUAUUCAAUGGGCCAGUGUUCUUAGGGUAUCCGCCAGAUCAGCUGGCCCUGUUGUUACAAAACAGUAAUCUUGGUGCGACAAUGCGGUAA